AUGGCGGGUUUUUGGGCGAUGGCUUUGAAUGGUUGUGCUGGAUGUGAUUGGAAGAAGGUUUUUGUCGAUGAAUUCGUUAUGGAAACGCUUCAUUUUGGCGAUGUUGUUGAAGGGGGUUGUGGUGGCGAUGGUGCCAUGAGUUUUGGUGCGUAUGAGAAAGGGCCACGAGAUCUCGGUAGCGGGUUUACUAUUUGCGGUGAUAAACCGCAAAACCCUGGUGUAGGGUUUGGGCGGAGGAAGCCAACCAAGACUGUUUAA